AUGACGUACUCUUUGUUUAGGGCUCUGCUUUCUGCUUCGUUGCAGUUGGCACGGAUUCAGACCGACAGCGUAGUUGAGAUGCUCCGUGGGCUAUACCCCGACCUCUCAUUUGAGAUUGUUGCCAUGUCAACAACCGGAGACAAGAUCUUGGAUACAGCGCUUUCCAAGAUUGGGGAGAAGAGCCUCUUCACCAAAGAGCUGGAAAAUGCACUUGAAAGACAUGAAGUUGACCUCGUGGUUCACUCCUUGAAGGACCUGCCAACUUCUCUUCCUCCUGGCUUUACCAUUGGCGCUGUCUGCAAAAGGGAAAACCCCCUUGAUGCUGUUGUCUUUCAUCCCAAAAACUGUGGGAAAACACUGAGCCUCCUUCCUGAAAAGAGUGUGAUUGGAACCAGCUCACUUCGGAGAGCAGCCCAGCUCAAAAAGAAGUUCCCUCAGUUAGAAUUCAGGGAUAUUAGGGGGAAUUUAAAUACCCGCCUAAAGAAGCUAGAUGAGAAGGAAGACUUCAGUGCCAUCAUCCUGGCUGCUGCUGGGCUGAAGAGAAUGGGCUGGGAGAAUCGCAUUGGCCAGCUCCUGAGUCCUGAAGAUUGUCUGUAUGCUGUUGGACAGGGUGCCUUAGCAGUGGAAGUUCGUGCCAAAGACCAAGAGAUACUGAAUAUGGUAUCUGCCCUGCAUGACACAGACACUGUGUUAUGCUGCAUUGCCGAGAGAGCCUUUAUGAAGCGUUUGGAGGGUGGAUGUAGCGUCCCUGUCGCUGUCAACGCCGUGCUCAAAGAUGGCCAGUUGUAUUUGACGGGAGCAGUCUACAGUUUGGAUGGAUCCGAUAGCCUCAAGGAGACUAUGCAGACCAAUGUUAAUUAUCCCCAUCAGAAUGAAGAUGGACCGAACGAUGACGUGCAGCGUGUUGGCAUCACGGCCAGGAAUGUCCCCGGUCAGGCCCAGGAAGCUGCAGAGAACCUCGGUGUUGAACUAGCCAGUUUACUUCUGAGCAAGGGAGCUAAGCAUAUCCUUAGCGUGGCGAGGCAGCUCAAUGAUGCCCGCUAAACCUGUGGUGCAAUCCCCGCACGAUCGCUACAACUCUAGCAAGUCUUUGCAGCCACAUUAUUGUCCUCCUUUUGGAGGAAGGGAUUGGUUUAAAAAUUCAUACUGGUCUUAUCUGAUGUUUGAGCACAAAACCUUGAAAUAUGAGGUUUACUAACUUGAGUAGUUU